GAUGUAAUUACUGAGGUGUCUCGUGUAGGAUGCCAUUAGGGACUUGAAUUUGGUCAGCAAAACCCGGAACAUUUUCUCGUGCCUCCUUGGUGAAAGAGUAUCUAUCUUAACACGUGUUUUCAAACUUGAUUUUAAAUUGUUACUUUAUAAAUUCAAUAUUUCAACCAAUAAUUCAUCGCUACACAUCUAAUAAGACUUCAUCAGGUAAAAAAAGUUCAUUUCUCUAUCAUGAAAUAGAUAAUCAUUAAACGUGUCACAAGUACGCACCACAAAUAUAUAAAUCGAAAAGGCUAAAAUCAACAAAGCAACAGUCAAGCAAACGACAAUCGAUAAUAUCCACGCCAUAAAAUUUCAAGACAAAGAUUACAUAGAUAAUGUAACAACUGAAGAUAUUUAUACUAAUGACAAUUACUUUGAUGAGGGAACUCCUCUAUAUGUAGCAGCGUGAAUCGGAAAUUAUAAAAUAUUUCAAAAGUUGAUAAAAAUCGGUGCUGAUAUACACAAACGAAAUCCAACAACUCAAGAAACAGUACAAGAUAGCGCCAUGAAAUCCUGCAAUUUCGAUAUCGUCAGGUAUCUUAAGGGAAAAACUGCAUUGCAAUUUGCCGCCGAUGAAGGAACAAAAGAAGUCAUGACGUUAUUAUUGACUGACAUAGCUGACAUUAAUGCUGAAUCUGUUGACGAAAUCACUCCUAUUAGUAAUGCUGUUAUAGCUAAAAACUGCGAUAACAUGCAAAUAUUAAUGAAAUAUGUGCUUGAUCUUUUUGGUACAUAUAAAAGAGAUGAUGCCACAAAAACAAUUUUUGAUGCAGCUCUUGAUAUUCAUAAAUAUGAAUAUAAAGCGUUAAAGAAUUGGUUACUUUCAUUUUCUCGUAAGCUUGGUGUUAAUCAUAAUAAUAAUGUUAAUUUUGACCGUUUCUUUAAAUCCUUUACAUACCAAAUGGAAGCACAUUACUUUAUCAUCUUAUUUAAACAAGAAAUUAAAGACGAAACUAUGUUUUCCAUUAAUGGCAAGGUUGACGCUAAUGCUCAGGAGCAUAUUAACAUGCACAUUGAAGAAUUGAUAGCAGCGGGUUUUUAUGUUAGUCAACGAAACAUUGAAUUUGUUAGUAAUACGAACAAAUUUUCUGAUAGUUCAGCUGAAUGUUUUUUAGAAGUUGAAAAAAUGAAAAAAAAUGUGAUAGAAGGCAGUUAUAUCACAUUUAUAGAGAUUUUACAAAAAAAUGUGCGAUACUUGGCACAUUAUUUAAAGUUUGUUGAUUUGAACAAAAUAUUGAUACGUGAACCUCAAUUUCCAGAGUAUCCAAGAUAUAAAAAUAAGAUCUUUUUUAAAUUGUGGAAAGUUCUGAUAAGAGUUAACUACAUAAAAGAUUCUGAGGAAGUUAUUUAUAAUACUUUUUAUGAAUUACGGCUUCCGGAUAUGUUUAUCAGAGAAUUGUAUCUCUACUUGUCAAAUGAAGAUUUAAAAGAAAUAGUUCAACCCUCUAGAUAGAAAAAAAAAUAGCUAAUCACUAGCAUCCUAUAAAUUAAAAUUAAAUGACAUCUGUAAUCUAUUGUCACACCGCUGUUCUCCUUAAAUAAAUUAAAAAGAAAAUGUAAAAUAAACUAUACCAAAAUGUACAAAUAUACUUAGAAUUUUUUAAUAAAAUUAAUG